AUGAAGUUUAUGAAACUUGGUUCUCGUCCAGAUACCUUCUACACUACAGACUCAAUAAGGUCAAUUUCUUCGGAUGUUUCUAGUGACAUCGUAAUUCAAGUUAAAGAAACUCCAUAUCAUCUUCAUAAGUUUCCAUUGUUAUCAAAAUGUUUGCAUCUACAAAGAUUGUGUUCGGAGUCACUUGAUUCGCCGACGAAUCGUGAAAUAGUACAAUUACCCGAUUUUCCGGGUGGAGUUGAAGCGUUUGAACUCUGCGCGAAAUUCUGUUAUAGGAUUACAAUUACUAUAAGUCCUUACAACAUUGUAGCUGCAAGAUGUGCUGCGGAGUAUUUGCAAAUGACGGAAGACGCGGAUAAGGGUAACUUGAUCUAUAAGCUUGAGGUUUUCUUUAAUUCGUGCAUACUUUACGGUUGGAAAGAUUCGAUUGUGGCGCUACAAACUACGAAAGCGUUGCAUUUAUGGUCGGAGGAGUUGUCGAUUACGAAUAGAUGCAUUGGAGCUGUUUGUUCAAAGGUCUUAAGAAAGGUUUGCAAUGAUGAUGAUGUGUCUUGUAGUGGAGUAGAAAGUUCGAGAGAACAAUCGAUGAGAAAAAGAUGGUGGGGUGAAGAUUUAGCAGAGUUGAGCAUUGAUCUUUACUGGAGAAUCAUGAUUGCUUUAAAAUCUGAUGUGAGGAUGCCGCUAAAUCUCAUCAGUGAUGCUUUGAUAAUUUAUGCGUUUAGAUGGUUACCGAAAAUUGGCUCUGAUUCUGAUUCGGGAAGUGAAAUAGCUUCUUUGAAGAAAAGUUUGGUUUUGGAAUCGAUAGUGAAUUUGCUUCCGGGUGAAAAAGGCGCUGUUUCGUGUAGCUUUCUGAUUAAUCUAUUGAAAGUAGCGAAUGUUUUGAAUUCGUCUUCGUCUUCGAAGACGGAGUUAGUUAAAAGGGCGGGACUUCAGCUGGAGGAAGCAACAGUUAAUGAUUUUCUAUUGGUUGGUGAUGUGGAUCUGGUGAUGACAUUGUUGGAAGAGUUUAUGUUGCAAUUAGGUCAAAGUCCGCCGACUAGUCCUGUAAGAUCGAGGUUGGAAUUUGAUAAAAGGAGGUCACGUUCGGCUGAGGAUGUUGGUUUUGAAUUGCAAGAGAGUAGAAGAUCUUCAUCAGCAUCGCAUAGUUCAAAAUUGAAAGUGGCGAAGCUUGUUGAUAGGUAUCUUCAAGAGAUAGCUAAGGAUGUGAAUUUGCCUCUGGAGAAGUUCGUCAUUAUUGCUGAAGCUGUACCUGAGUUUGCAAGAUUUGAGCAUGAUGAUCUGUAUGGUGCAAUUGAUACUUACCUCAAGGCUCAUCCAGAACUCAACAAGACCGAACGGAAGAGAUUAUGCCGAGUUUUAGACUGCAAAAAACUCUCCAUGAAAACAUGUGCGCAUGCUGCACAGAACGACUUACUACCGCUAAGACUCGUUGUCCAGGUUCUCUUCUUUGAGCAAGCUAGAGCAUCAGCAUCAGACGGCAAACUAACCAAAAUGCCAAGUAACAUCAAAGCAUUACUCACUGCUUAUGGAAACGAUCCAUCGACACAUGCAGCACAAUUAAGCACAUCUACAAGCAUAAAAACCGAUGGUAAUUGGAAUGUUAAUUCAUUCAAGGCACCAAAAUCAACAAAGAACUCAUCAACUCUUAGGACGAAAAUAGCCGAGGAUGAUUUCGAGGAGAGUAACCAUGUGGUAUGCGAUGGAUUUGGAAGAAAUUCUAGAUUUAAAGGUUUUUGUUCUCAUCCUACCAAGCCUAAAAGAAUGUUUAGUAAGUUUUGGUCUACCAAUGGCAGCACAACUCAAAAGAAUUGA